AUGGAGGUCACAGCAGCCUACGCCGAGAAGCAUGGCGUGUUCCAGCUCUUCGAAGGCCUGCUUCAGAGUCUUAUUGUGACAAAGCCCGACGAUCCCAUUGCGCACCUCAUCGACCUUGUCAGCGCCCCGCCGAAGGACACCGCACAGGCCUCGAAAGCCCCAAAGGGGAUACCUCGUUUGCUCCUGCUCGGAGGCCCGGCUUCGGGCGCGGAGGAGGUGGCGGCGGCCGCCGCACGGCGGUACGGGACCGUCCACGUCUCCGCCUCGCUACUGCUGCAGGCGGCAGCCAGCCGUGGGACAGCCGCCAGCCGAGCGCUGCUCCCCUACAUGGCGGCCAAUGUGUCGGAGGUCCCCAGCGAGUGCCUCGGACCGCUAGUCGUGGAUCGCCUCCGAAGCGACGACGUGCGCCGGCGGGGCUUUCUCUUGACCGGCUUUCCCAACAACGAGGCACAGUGCGAGUUUCUCGAGCGGGCAGGCAUCUGGGUGAGAUCUACGUUGCUGCUCGACAUUGAUGAGGCGGCGGCGGCGCACGCGCUGAUCGCCUCACGGGUUGACCCAGUGACAGGGACAGAGUACCACCCUGACCAAGUGGCGUGGCCAACAGACCCUGCUGUGCUGGAGCGCCUCGUGCAGCACCCGAGCCGAGCCGAGGCGCAGGUGUUGGCAAGCCUGCAGUCAUGGCGGGCAAGCAAGGCGCAACUGCUUGCUGCUUUUCCGGACCACAUCAUCGUGGAUGCAUCGCGGCCGUCCCUAGCUCUUGAGGAAAGGCUCGGUGCGAUUCUGCUCGGGAAGGGCGUGGGCCCUUGA